AUGAUUUCUGGAUAUGGCCCUGUGUCUUGGGAUCCAUCAGUAGAAAUCAAGACUGAACCAGAAUUGUACGAGUCCAAUGAAGAUGAUGUGAAAUAUUCAUACACAAUUGAUCCAUCAGUAAAUGAAGAUCCCUUAGCUUGCAGAAAGGAAAUUAAGACAGAAGGAGGUGUCUUUAUAUGGACAGAUCAUUUGAGAGUUCAUACCGGAGAGAAGCCGUUCAGGUGCUGUGAAUGUGACAAAGCAUUUUCUCAGAAAAGUGACCUCAGGACCCACAUGAUCAGUCACACUGGAGAGAGGCUGUUCUUAUGCACUGAAUGUGGGAAAGCAUUCUCCCGUAAAAAAGACUUGACAAGGCAUGUGAGGAUUCACACAGGAGAGAAGCCGUUUCGCUUGUAG